GUGCAAGGUGGUGCAUUUUUUAAAUCUGUAUCGUUAUUUGCAAUAAUGAUGCAUUAACAAGCUGAAGUGGUGUUCAACGUUUGAUUAUAUGUAUAUAUAUUUAUGUAUACACGAAUAAAAGGAAAAACAACGCAAUGAGGUUCGGACUUCAUCUAAUACUUUUGAACAUCUGCGUUCAUCUCAUUACAUCAUCACCAGGUGCGUUUAACGUGACGGAGGUAGCCAUUAUGGCGUUCGUGCAAGCAACAUUAUGCGAUAAUUACAAAACAUGCGGAACAGAGAUCAGCGAAACAAACAGUGAGGCUGUUAAUACAUUUGUUAACGGCUUGCAGUUCCAUUUGCCGAAAAGUCCACCAUUGCUUUGUUGCAGAGAAUGUUCUUGUGAUGUCACUUCUUGUGCCAAGAAGGGAGCGUGUUGCCCGAAUAUUUUAGACCAAGUAAAUUUGGAAGAUGCAAACUAUUUUUCAUGUGAAAUGGCCCAGAUGCGAAAAGGAGGCAGAUUUUUCCAAGCCAAGAACCACUUUUACAUGCGUUCAAAGUGCCAUCCGGACUAUGCGAAAACCGGAUCGAGCUCAGAAGUAAUUUCUUUGUGCGAAAUCAGGACCGACAACAAGUUGGAGAUACACGUCCCAUUACUUGACACUAUAGCAAAUGUUACAUACGCAAACAAAUAUUGUGCGCAAUGUAAUUUCGUGACUGACACAGAUGGUGCCUUCCCAGCCAAAAGUAAUAAUUUAGUGUAUUGGGAUUCUGGUUUACAGUGCACAGACGCCAACGAAGCGUACUCUAUUUUGGCAGCGUCUAACCAGGGCUUUAUAAAAGCCAUCUUGCAGACAAAGACAUGCAAUGUUCUAUUCAAACCGAAACCAGUCUACGUUGUGCACACAUCUGAAUGCUCUGGUUUCGAAAUCGACAAAUGUAAUGCCACUGGUAACAUUGAUACAUAUGACCCUUGGUUAGAAAAGGCAUGCGGAGCUUACACGUCUACUUUUAACACAAAAUUUAAAAAUGUGUUCUGUUUCCUGUGCAACACGGUUUACACCUUCCGUAUAGAUUCAUACUUUUGCCUUACCCCAUUUGGAAACGGACCUAACAUGUUUCCCGAGUUUUCCUCGUUGUUAGCGUUCACACCAGAUGAAAGGAAACCGCCCACUUCCCAGCCGACCGGCUGCUCGUCUGAACAGGUUUUCGACGAACACGAGUCAAAGCCACGACCACCAGUACUGUUCUCACUGCGAGAUUCAAAUGCCAACUCGUAG